UAGUUAUUAUAUUUCGGCAACCAAAUGUACUCGGUCGAGCGAAACCAAAACAAACAUAAACGUGUUGUCAAAGUGGAUUUCAGUGUUUAUUUGUUUAUUUGUAGCUCUUCGCGUGUUAAAUAUGUGAUGUUGAUGAGUGUGAACUAGAGUAAAUUUGUUGCAACGGAAUAAAUCUUACAAGAAUGUCCGGGCGACUGGAGGUGAUCUGGACUCCUGUCCACGAUAAGUUCAUCACAUGGGGUUCAGAUUUUUCCCUUUAUCAGGUGGAGAAUAUCAGGGAGGGAUUCAGUGCAGGAUGUCGGAUGUCGAGCAGCACUGGUGCCAAUUUGUUGGCCUCAACCCCAAGCACAUACUUUGCCAAGUGCGUGGAUGUGUACCCGCAAUCAGACAAAGAUAUUCUGCUUGCUAUUGGAUAUACAAACGGUCGAAUCAUAUUGACCACAUUCGGACCUACGAUUUACGAUUCACAGGGGAUACCAAAAAAAGAGCUCUUUCCUAGAUACCCGAGGCAGUGCAACGCAGUCGCAUGGAAUCCGAUUGAUGUGAACAAAAUCAUUGGUGGUUUGGAUAAGCACAGAUCGGAGCAUUCCGUGUUGCUAUGGGAUGUUGUCAGAGGCAGCAGUAACUAUGAGAGCAGCAACAAUAGGAAUGCGGAUCAUCCGAGACCCAUCAGCGAGUAUGGUUUAUCUGAGACCACGUACAGUUUGGCGUGGUUCCAGAACAACAGCAAAUUGGUGGCAGCCGGGAUGAGUUUGAAGAACAUCAAACUAAUCGAUUUUAGAGAUACGACCAAGGCGGCCACAUCGACUUUAACUAAAGCGGUUUACGGUGUGUGCGUCGAUCCACAUAACGAUCAUUAUUUAGCCUCGUUCCACGACUCGCAGAUUUACGUGUGGGAUGUGAGGAAUUUCGAGAAAUCGAUGGUCUGCUUGACGCAACCCAAGUCCUUGAUGAAGAUCUCCUGGUGUCCUACCAAGCAUAAUCUAUUGGGAGCUCUACACAAAGAAUCAUCGUUGAUUCAUUUAUACGAUAUCCAGCAAUCGGCUGUUGCCAACGAAGAUUUCGAGCCUUCAGUUUUGGAUCGCACCGUUGUUCCAGGUUCGAGCAAGAACUUAACCUCCUUCAGUUGGCACGAAACUGACGAGAAUCGUUUAUUAACCAUCGCUUCUAAUGGUUCAUUGAUCGAUUACACUGUUUUCGAAAGCAUCACCUUGAAUUACGCUGCGAACUUCAACAUGGUCUGGACGUAUGGAAGGAAGACGAUGAAGUGCAUCAACAAGAGCAACGAGUUGUUUGCGAAUUUGGAUGAUGUCUCGUACAGGAUGAUGGAGAGGGCCAAGAACGGUUACGGUUUGAAAGAUGAGUUGUACAAGAAUGGUGAGCUGGUGGACGAUGACGCCGCUUUGGCUAACGUUUGGAAUUGGCUGUACUACAGCGAGAAACUGGUCGCGGAUGGAACCGUGAAGAAUACAAAUUCGAAACAUCCGGGCGUGAGAGACGUCCUCAAGUUGGAUGCGAACGCGACGAAGAGUGAAGCACAUUCCACCACGUGGCUGGAUCUUCCUGCGACCAACAAUCUCGGUGUCAUCAAACAAUAUAAUCACGAGGAUCGGGAUUGCGCGCUGAACCUGUGCGGAUGGCACAUGGAUACGGAAAAGUUCCUGAAGUUUCUCGAUAGAUUGGCGGAGAAGAACGCGCAUUCGAGGGCUGCAGCUUUGGCGGUGUUCAAUCUUCGGCUUCGGACUGCGAUCGAUAUUCUGCACAAAAGUCCGGACAGGAAUCUGAAUGUGGUCGCGAUGGCUCUGGCGGGAUUCACGGACGACAAGAACAGCAUGUGGAGACAGUUCUGUUCGAAUCCGAAGGUGAAGAUGAGCGAUCCGUAUUUGAGGGCGAUGUUCGCUUUCCUCACAGCGGAGAACGCGAAUUACGAUAACGUUCUGAAUGAGAACGAGAUUUCGGUGGAUGAUCGUGUGGCGUUCGCGUGCACUUUCCUCUCCGAUUCGAAGCUCAAUGAAUAUUUGAAAAGUCUGACGACGAAGAUGAUCAGCGAAGGGAAUUUGGAUGGGAUGCUUCUCACUGGUAAUAAUAUGGAUGGAAUUCGUCUGCUGCAACGGUACUUGGAUAUAACUGGUGAUGUACAAUCGACGGCUCUGGUUUCGGUGCGUGCGUUCGGUGCGGAUCUUCUGCAGGAGACUCAAGAUUGGGUGCUGAGUUACACUAAUCUCCUGGACACGUGGCAGCUGUGGCACGAGAGGGCCCUCUUCGAUGUGAUGUUCCAAGCGCAGAGACCGAACGAUAAGCCGCGUCAGCAGGUGUUCGUCUCGUGCAAGUUCUGCGGUAAAAGCAUCUCCGCUUACAUGCACGGUUUGAACAGGGGCAGAGGAACGUUCUCUAGGAUGGGUGUGACCGCCAACAAGAUGAAGAUGUCCGCGUGUCCGCACUGUCGCAAACCGCUCACCAGGUGCGUGAUUUGUCUGAUGCAUAUAGGGACGACGACGGGUGUCCAGGAUAACGGUGAUACCGAGGCGAAUAAACUGGUGGACUUCUCCAACUGGUUCACUUGGUGUCAGACUUGCAGGCACGGUGGCCACUCUUCGCACAUCAUCAAUUGGUUCAGGGAACAUUCCGAAUGCCCGGUGACGGCCUGCACGUGUCGCUGCUUCUCCGUCGACACGAUAAGCGCGAAUCCCACCAAAUAGUUUCGAAUCAAGAACAUCCCGAUUCAUUAUUACGUAAGCAUAUUUUUCGCACUUUAAGUACACAAAACAUUUGUAUGAUGUAUGUAUGUAGCAUGAAUAUUAAUAUAUAAAU